AUGCCGCAGAAUGCUUCCGUGAUUAUUACGCAGGCGACUGCAGUCAUUACAGGCUCCUUUCUCUCGGGCCUCAUGAUGGGACUUUCGGUCGUUGACAUCCCUGUGGUGCUCGACACUGCUACUCAAGCCUCGCAACUAUUGCAACAUUUCACACGCCUUUAUGAUAUUGGACAUAAGAUGAUGCCCAGUCUGGCUGUCACAACCUGUCUGCUCUACGGCUAUACUGCGAGCAGCACGCGCACUACGGGCGGGUCGGGACUCCCCCAUAUCAUUGCGGCGGUGACAACGAUCUCGAUGGUGCCUUUUACGUGGCUGGUCAUGGCCCCGACCAACAAUGCUCUCUUUCGAAUGCAUGCCAAUCCCGCUGCAGCGAACCUCGGUGAGGUGCGGCGACUACUUGUCCGAUGGGCACAGCUGCAUGCGGUGCGCUCGCUAUUCCCGCUGAUGGGGUCAGUCCUGGGUUUGAGGCAGAUUCUCAGGGAGUAG